UGGCUCUCGGGUGUGUAGGUUAUUUGUUUAUGAAAUUAGCCUAGCAACAGCUGAUAUGUGCAAUUUCGGAGUGUUUAUGCUUCUGUGCACAGUUGAAGGACGUAAGACUGAAAAUGGCUGGAACAGAAAGAGAUACAUAUAUUAAAAAUACUGGAAACAAUAUUGGAAAUGGGCUGCUACUAUAUCAUCAUCACUUUUCAUUUUAUUCACAAAAGGUGUUAAUGGCGCUGUAUGAGAAGAAGCUUCCCUUCCAGAGCCACGCUAUGAACCUGGCGAAAGGCGAGCAGUACCAGCCAUGGUAUCUGCAGCUCAACCCAAAGGCCGAAGUGCCUGUUCUCAAGGAUGGUGUCAAAGUUAUCCCGGAGUCUGCCAGGAUAAUAGAUUACUUGGAAGACAACUUCAGUAAUGGUGUCUCCCCGAGCCUGAAAGCCACCGACCUGGGCGCCGAGGUGCGGCAGAAAGUAGCGCAGUACCGUGCUGCUCUGGAGCACAUCCCGGCCGGCAUCAUCACCAUGGGCUCCUUCCUGCACCCAGAGUACAUUCACAACCCACGACUGCCCUUCAUCCAGCCAAUCCGGAGGCUGCUUCUGGCGGCGGAGAAGAGCAGCAGCGCGGCCCUGCGCGAGCAGGCGGGCCGGAGCGCGGAGGCUCGCGAGGUGCUGCUGAGGAAGGCAGACAGCCAGGACUCGAAGCUCUCGGCUCUCGAGGAUCGGGAGGAGUUCCAGAAGGUGCUGGACCACGCAGACACCGUCCUCACGGCCGUGGAGCGCGAGCUGGCGGACGCCUCCGCAGAUGCGGCUGACAGGUGGCUGUGCUGUGAACGCUUCACAGUAGCCGACAUCAACCUCACGCUGAUACUAGACCGUCUCGACCGACUGGGCCUGGCAGGCUACUUCUGGGAGGGCGGCAAGAAGCCCCAUGUGUCGCAGUACUACCGGCGAGCGCGCAAGCGGGAGUCUUAUCGCAAGGCCGUCCCGUCCACUCUGUUCAGUCUGCAAACACUCCUGAGCAGACAAGCGCCGGAGUUCAUAGGGUUAGGCGUGGCGGGCGCGGUCUCCGUUGUUGCUCUGGGGAUUCUCCUCUACUCCAAGUUGAAAUGAAUGCCCGAGUCCCAUCGUAAAAUCACACCAUGGUAAAAAGACAGAAGCACGCCGCUGCAACAGCACAUAGCUAGUCUACUUGAUUGCAUAGUGUCCAAAGAGAUGGUCAUUUUGUGCGAACAACCACAAAGCACGGCUCUGUCUAGUAGCACUUCGUGUCGCAGUAUUUAGGAAGUAUUAGAAAUUAAGGUGGAAAGUAUUAUCAGUCCAUCCACCUGGGGUUAGCAGGUGUCGCAAGCAGUUUCGAGCAGAACAUAAAGUUUGGCACUGCUUUUAGUGUGACAGUGCUUACUUGAACUUGGAGUAAGGAUCUCACUUUAAAUCUCAGUGGGAUUUCUGAGCGGAUGAAUAGCUGUUCAAACUUGGAAAUUCCUCUUGUAUCAUAAUUUACAUCAUUCCACAAAUAUGAAUCCAUUGAUUAUUACACAUUGUAAUUAUAAGCUAUUGUCAGUGCCUUGCCUGUACCUGUGAAACCAUUUAUAAAAAUAUAUUUAUUUUUUGAAAAUUUUAGAACUGUGGGUUUAAAUUUAAUGUUCAAAAUUCAAUAUAAGCCCGACAUACGUAAUGGGGCUUGGUAUACUAUGAAUGGCAUCAUGUUCCCUGCCAUGAAAAGUAAGAACACCGAAACAGUCAGCUUGUACUUUUUAGCAGUUAAAAAAACAUAGGUACAUGCUUAUCUCUUCCAGAGCCUCAUCUGGAUAGGAGCGCCAGGGAGACACAGGCUGUUUACUUAUGCAGGGAACACCAGAUGUUCACCGUAACUUAUUCUUCCAUUCCUAUCCUUAUGUCAUUUGGUUCAUUAGUGUUGAGCAAUGUCAUGGAAAAUAAACUCACUCAGCAAGGAUUAACUGAAAAUCAUCUGGUACAAAUAUAGGUGACACACAAGCUUAAAUAAGAGUACCAUAAUCUGUUGGUUCAGUUAAAGUGAUAUGGAGGUGUAACAGUGGUUAAAUUUCCUGCAGUUCCACGGGUCUCACCUUCAGGUGUACUGUUAUUCAUGGGAAGCACAGCAUGCUUAACUACUUUCAUGACAGCUAGAAUUACAGCUGUUUGAUUCACGCCCUGAUAAAUAGUGAAUAAUUACUAACACAAUGUUACGUAAUGUCUCCAAUACUCCCAGAUACAUAAUUUGCUGCAGUGUAAAGUACAUUUUUGUAGUACUGAAGAGAUCAAUAAUUUAAAUUUCAAUAUAUUUUGCAUAUGUAUUUCCAGUAAGUCAGUCCAGAGAUAGGAUGUUAUAUUCUGGAGAGUUAAUGCUGAGUCACUCAUAAAAGGAUGCACCGGGGGGGGGGGGGGGGGGGGGGGGGGGCAGAAGUGAAAUGGAUUUUUACUUUAAAUGAAUGUAUGAAUUUUUGUGAAGGGUGGGAGGUGUCUACGAUUAUUUUAAUGUCAAGACUAGUUUCGGUUUGAGGUGUUUCUAAAGAAUUGCACAUAUUUUCCAUAGUUUUCAGCCAAACAUCACUUAACUCGACCAAAUCUCGUGUAAAUAGUACUCUUACAGACCUCCGACUGUUAACUUUGAGGAUAAGGCACUUGCACUACUGAGUAUAUUUUUUUACAUGACAUUGCUCCAUCACAAACUAACUAAAUACAAAAGCAGACUGCCACAGAUCACAGGGCCAGUGGGCCAGUAGAGGCAGGCGUGUGCCCACAUCUCUAGCCCAAGUAUGUUAACCACUGAGUGACUAUGCACAUUCCUCUGGAUUUAUUCCUUGCAAAUAAUUCUUUGGGCUUCCUUGGUAAAGUAUCAACAAUCUCUGCAUUUCAGUGAAUUUUUUUCCUGCAAAUAGUAACAUGCUGUUCUCAAAGAUUGACAAGUGCAAAAAAUAAAACUGAGAAAUAAAUCCUGCCUGCUGCAACUGAACAGACAUUCAAACAAAGGAUGGGAAUCAUGAAUCAGCAACGUCCUAGUUGCCUGUCUCAUGAGCUUGAUUUCCUGCUCAUGUACUGUGCAGCAAUACCAGUCGUGUGACAUAUGGGGAAGUAUUUUAAUGAAGGGUUCUGAUGUUUUUAUUUUGAGCUGGCCAGUGAUCUAAUUAGUAAUUAACUUUGACAAACUUUUCAAGACCAUGCUACGAACUAAUAUUUCCUGAAUGCAAGCAAGCAUUUCAAAGGAGAGCACAGUUAUUUUAACCCAACGCCUAUUUUUUAUGUGUAAACAUUUUAGCUCUCGGUACAGGAGGUCGGAGGAUUUAGUGAAUUGAAUGGAAGUUUAAUGAACGAAAAUGUGUAACCACGUGAAAUAUCAUAAAUCUCGAAAAGAUUGCGGACUCGCGUGAUUCAUCUGUAUAUGUAUUUCCUCCCCCCAUCAAGCUAUGUAUUGGGAAAGUAUGUGGGUAUUGUUUUUGUGUCACAAUUAAUUAAUUAUUUAUUAAUGAGGUAACAUGCAUUUAAACAUAUCCUUCUUUUAUUCUCUGACAUUAAUUACUUGUCAGUUGUUUGCAUUGUCUGUAUUUCACUAUUUUGAAUAAAUCUUUUUUUUUCCUA